CAGAUUUCUUCCAACCAUGAACGUACUGAUGAUCUACACUUAUUUCCUAUCGGGCGCGAUUGGACUCCUAUUCUUGCAUCAUUUUAUCUUAUUCAUACUCAAAUUCUUAUUGAACCCAGCUCUUUUCUAUCUAUUUACUAGGUAUAUUGUGCUGCCGUACAUUGUACGGAGAAGCUUGUUUUGGUCUCCUAUUAGUCGGGGCGCGGCCUUUAUACAUAUUUUGCAUUGGAGUGGUACCUUGAUCUGCAACAUCCUUGGCGUCAACAGCGCUGGUGCAGCUCGGUCUCGGGCUGGCUCCCUGGCAUUACUACAUUUAGUACCCGCACUCUGGACUCCGCAACUUAGCUUUGGCGCGCAUUUUUUCAACCUAUCGCUGUCAGCCUACAAUAGGUUUCAUCGUGCUUUCGGUUGGAUGGCUCUUAUCCAAUGCGGAGUGCAUAUUAUUUUUGCCGUGCGUACAUACUCCUUCGACCUAGCCGAGGCAUCUCACCGGAACGGUUUUAUAGCUGCAAUUACUCUGAGCUCAGCAACUUUAUUCUUUCUUCCCUUGAUCCGCCAGUGGGCGUACGAAAUAUUUCUCAAAGGUCAUAAUUUUCUUAGUAUCAUGGCAUCGGUCAUGAUUUGGUUGCAUCUGGAGGAAAAGAAAGGCUUCGAUGCAUUCUGUCUAUACUUUGCUCUGGGAAUCUCCGUGCUUACAUACAUUGUAUACUUCCUACGACAGUUUUACUACAACUUGGUCGCUGGUCGGCCAGUAGCCGCUGCGGAACUUAUCAAAUAUCAGGAUGCGGUGAAACUAACUCUAACAUUGGCACGGCCUUGGAAGGUACGGGGAGGUCAAUAUGUCUAUUUGACCAUACCGGCAGUGAGAGCAUUAUCAUUCGCCGAAUCGCAUCCUUUCAGUAUCGUUUGGUGGGAGGAGGGCCCUAAUGGUGAAGCAAUAACUCUAUCCGUUCUUGCCAAGAUUGAGUCAGGUUUUACUCGAGCCUUAGCAUCCUCUAGCCAUGAGCACCUUCGCGUGUGGAUAGAUGGACCUUAUGGCCAAUGUAUUGAUACUAAACAAUAUGACAGUGUUAUCCUAAUAGCAACAGGAAUAGGUGUUGCAGCACAGCUACCAUACGCCAAAGAGCUUCUUAGUCGGCAAUUGAAAGUGGAGAGUGAGCAUUUAAAAGGACUCACAACCCCUAAACGCAUCUCUAUUGUUUGGGAGCUUGAGCAAGAGAGUCAUGAAGAUUGGAUCUACCAAUGGAUGGAUCAGCUUCUUAGCGACGACUCAAAAACAUUGGUACUUCACUAUACCCUAUAUAUUCUUCGUCGAGCCGACGAAAGCCAUGGUGAUGGUCAGAGAGUCAAAUUAGGACGUCGAGGGGCAGCAUUCUAUGGUAAACCCGACUUUAGAGGCAUCAUGGACAAAGAACUGUCUGAAUCUCUCGGCAAGGCAUUAGUAAUCAUUUCUUCCGACUCGAAGACACGUGACGAAGUUCGAGACUUGGUCUUGGAUUCCGCUCAACGAGUUGAUUUGCAUGAGCAUGAUUUCCAGCCUGAGAAAAGUGGGCGAUUAUUGGCCUCUAGAAAAGAGACAAAAUAUGCAGGGGUGGUCUGAAGCAGUCAAGGGCUGUAGGCAAGGAGAAAGCAGCAUAUGAAAUGCAG